AUGGAAAGCUUUGGAGUGAAUAUUUCAAGUAGUACCGGCUUCACAUUAACAGGCUUUCCAGAGAUGGAAGGCCUGGAGCACUGGCUGACUGCCCUCCUCCUGCUGCUUUAUGCUGUCUCCAUCCUAGGCAAUACCCUCAUUCUCCUCAUCAUAAGGGAAGAGCAGAGCCUGCACCAGCCAAUGUACUACUUUCUAUCUCUCUUGUCUGUCAAUGACUUAGGUGUAUCCUUUUCUACAUUGCCCACUGUACUGGCUGCUCUGUGUUUCCAAGCUCGAGAGACUGCUUUUGAAGCCUGCCUGGCUCAGAUGUUUUUCAUCCACUUUUUCUCCUGGACAGAGUCUGGGAUCCUGUUGGCCAUGAGUUUUGAUCGCUAUGUGGCCAUUUGCAACCCCUUGCACUAUUCCACAGUGCUCACAGAUGCCCGUGUGGCCCACUUGGGAAUGUUCAUCAUUAUCCGCAGCUUCUGCAUGGUUUUUCCACUUCCUUUCCUGCUGAAAAGGCUGUCCUUCUGUAAGGCCAAUGUGCUGACUCAUGCCUACUGCCUGCACCCAGAUCUGAUCCGACUGCCCUGUGAAGACACCACCAUCAACAGCAUGUACGGCCUGUUCAUUGUCAUCUCUGCCUUUGGUGUAGAUUCAGUGCUCAUCCUGCUCUCCUAUGUGCUCAUUCUACGCUCUGUGCUAGCCAUUGCUUCCCAGGAGGAGAGGCUUAAGACACUCAACACGUGUGUAUCACAUAUCUGUGCUGUCCUCAUCUUCUAUGUGCCUAUGGUUAGUGUGUCCAUGGUCCAUCGGUUUGGGAAGGACGCCCCAGAGUAUGUGCAUAAGUUUAUGUCCAUGGUCUCUCUUUGUCCCUCCAAUGCUCAACCCAAUUAUCUAUUCCAUCAAGACUAA